CGCAUUUCCCGGAAAGCCUCCAACCUUCUGGUUUUUGGACCAUCUUUUGAGGCUUCAGCCUCCCUUCCCCUUUGCUCUCUCCGUCUCUCUCAAGUCUUGCUCUCCACGCAUAUCCCUUCCCCAAGUAAUCUUCCUAAUUUGACUCUCUCCACUUAUCGCCCACUUUUGACUGUAAUACUCCUUUUUAAGUCUUGUUUAUAUAUAAACUCAAAAACAGAAACUUUCAGUCACUUACACAAGCAAGUAUCUUCUCCAACACUGAAAACCCAAGUUUUUUCUUCACUAAGAAGUCCAAAAGAAUGAAACUUUUUGCGUCGGAAUCACCUCUGCUAAUGAGUUCAGCUUCUAGUUUUGAUUUUCUCCUAAAACCGAUGUUUCUUCACUGGUUUUCUGCUUCAUUGCACCUAGUUUUAUUGCUUCUCUUGCUUGCCUUAUGGGUAGUGAACAGAGUUAAAGAAGCUGGUGGGGAAGGAUCAAAGGAGAGGUUAAGGCAAAGGAAGGUUUUAUGGUAUAAGCAAACUUUAGCUUGUUGUUUUAUUGUAUCAGCUUUCAAUAUUGUCUUGUGUUUGUUAAGUUAUUUUUAUUGGUAUAGAAAUGGUUGGUCUGAGGAUAAGUUAGUGUCUCUUUCUGAUUAUGUGGUAAAAACACUUGCUUGGGGUGCAAUGUGUGUUUAUUUGCAUUUCUCCAAUUCGUGUGAGCAAAAGAAGUUCCCAUUGUUAUUGAGAAUUUGGUGGGGCUUGUAUUUUUUAAUUUCUUGUUAUUGUCUUGUUGUAGACGUUGUUCUUUACAACAAACAUGUUUCUUUCCCGAGUCAGGACUUAGUAUCCGAUGUUUUUUCUGUUAUUACUGGUUUGUUCCUAUGUAUUGUGUGGUUUUUUGGACGAAAUGAGGGUGAAGAUAUCCUCCUUGAGGAGCCCCUUUUGAAUGGAGAUUCUAGUGUAGGUAAUGGUGUAGAGUUUAAUAAGAAAAAAGGAGGUGAUACUGUAACCCCAUAUUCAAAUGCUGGUAUUUUCAGCAUUCUUACAUUUUCUUGGAUGGGGCCUCUUAUUGCUGCUGGCAAUAAAAAACCUUUAGACCUUGAGGAUGUUCCUCAGCUAGAUAGCAGUGAUAGUGUUGUUGGGGCUUUUCCAAAUUUUAGAAACAGGCUUGAGUCAGCUGACAGUGAUGGGAGUGGAGUUACUGCGCUUAAGCUGGUGAAGGCACUGUUCUUCUCAGCUUGGAAAGAUAUUCUUUGGACAGCUUUUUUCGCGUUUACGUGCACUGUGGCUUCAUAUGUUGGCCCAUAUCUCAUUGACACUUUUGUUCAGUACCUGAAUGGGCAGCGUGAGUUUAAAAAUGAGGGGUAUCUUCUGGUUAUUUCUUUUUUUGUGGCAAAGCUAGUAGAGUGCUUAUCACAGAGGCACUGGUUUUUUAAGUUGCAGCAAGUAGGAAUUAGGCUGAGAGCAGUACUGGUAGCGAUGAUUUAUAACAAGGGUUUAACCCUUUCGUGCCAUUCAAAGCAGAGCCACACCAGUGGGGAGAUCAUCAAUUUCAUGACUGUCGAUGCAGAGAGGGUGGGUGAGUUUAGUUGGUACAUGCAUGAUCCAUGGAUGGUAGCUUUGCAAGUUGCUUUGGCCUUGGUGAUCUUGUAUAAAAACCUUGGACUAGCAUCCAUUGCAGCUUUUGUUGCAACAGUGCUUGUUAUGUUGGCAAAUAUUCCUCUGGGGAAAAUGCUAGAGAAGUUUCAGGACAAGUUGAUGGAAUCAAAAGAUAAAAGGAUGAAGGCAACAUCAGAAAUUUUAAGAAAUAUGAGAAUUCUCAAACUUCAAGGGUGGGAAAUGAAGUUUUUGUCAAGGAUUAUUGAACUCAGGAAUGUUGAGGAAGGAUGGUUGAAAAGAUUUGUUUAUACAAAUGCCAUGACUAGUUUUGUUUUCUGGGUCGCACCAUCGUUUGUGUCUGUGGCCACUUUUGGUGCUUGUAUUUUUUUAGGAGUUCCACUUGAGUCAGGGAAGGUCCUAUCUGCACUAGCAACAUUCAGGAUUCUUCAAGAGCCAAUCUACAAUCUUCCUGACACAAUUUCAAUGAUAGCUCAGACAAAGGUGUCUCUUGAUAGAAUUGCUUCCUUCCUCCGCCUUGAUGACUUGCAGACUGAUGUUAUAGAGAAGCUUCCAAGAGGUAGUUCUGAUACUGCAAUUGAGAUCAUUGAUGGGAAUUUCUCUUGGGAUUUCUUUUCUUCUACUGCAACGUUAAAAGAUAUAAAUUUGAAAGUUUGUCAUGGUAUGAGGGUUGCUGUUUGUGGUACAGUUGGUUCUGGCAAGUCGAGUUUGCUUUCCUGUAUUUUAGGGGAAUUACCCAAGUUAUCUGGAACUCUAAAAUUGUCUGGUACAAAGGCCUUUGUUGCUCAGUCACCUUGGAUACAAAGUGGCAAGAUUGAAGAGAACAUUUUGUUUGGCAAGGAGAUGGAUAGGGAGAGGUAUGACAAAGUGCUUGAAGCUUGUACCCUCAAGAAAGAUCUUGAAAUCCUCUCAUUUGGUGAUCAGACCGUUAUAGGUGAGAGGGGAAUAAAUUUGAGCGGUGGGCAGAAGCAAAGAGUACAGAUUGCACGUGCUUUAUACCAAGAUGCUGAUAUCUAUCUCUUUGAUGAUCCAUUCAGCGCUGUGGAUGCUCACACAGGAUCUCAUUUAUUUAAGGAAGUUUUACUAGGCAUUUUGAGUUCAAAAACAGUGAUUUAUGUCACUCAUCAAGUUGAGUUUUUACCAGCUGCUGAUCUGAUCUUGGUCAUGAAAGAUGGCAGGAUUACACAAGCUGGAAAGUAUAAUGACAUUCUCAAUUCGGGAACUGACUUUAUGGAACUUGUGGGUGCACAUAAGAAAGCUUUGUCAGUCCUUGAUAGUGUUGAUGCAGGAUCUGUUUCUGAAAAAAAUAUCAGUGAGGGAGAUGGUACCACGAGAUGUGCUAAUGGGAAAGUGCAGAAAGAAGAUAACCAAGGUAAUGAGAUUGGUAAAGUAGAUGAUGUCGGGCCAAAAGGACAGCUUGUUCAAGAAGAAGAGCGAGAAAAAGGAGAAGUUGGGUUUUCAGUCUACUGGAAGUAUAUCACAACAGCAUAUGGAGGAGCUCUUGUGCCUCUAAUAUUGCUUGCGCAGAUUGUCUUUCAGAUAUUUCAAAUUGGUAGCAAUUAUUGGAUGGCCUGGGCGUCUCCUGUGUCUGCGGAUGUCAAACCUCCUGUUGGGAGCUUUACACUAAUAAUUGUCUAUUUAGCUUUGGCCAUUGCUAGUGCCUUUUCUGUUCUUGCCAGAGCCAUGCUUCUUCGUACAGCUGGAUACAAAACAGCCACUCUUCUCUUUCAAAAGAUGCAUUUUUGCAUUUUCCGUGCCCCUAUGUCUUUCUUUGAUUCCACACCAAGUGGAAGAAUACUAAACAGAGCUUCAACAGAUCAAAGUGCAGUGGAUUUGAACAUUCCAUAUCAAGUUGGUUCAUUCGCCUUUUCAGUUAUCCAGCUCCUUGGAAUCAUCGCAGUCAUGUCUCAGGUUGCUUGGCAGAUCUUUAUCAUUUUUAUCCCUGUGAUUGCUGCCUGCAUUUGGUACCAGCAAUAUUAUAUAUCUUCUGCACGAGAACUUGCACGGUUGGUUGGAGUUUGCAAAGCUCCAGUGAUACAGCAUUUUGCUGAAACAAUUUUAGGAGCAACAACUAUCAGGAGCUUUGAUCAAGAAUCAAGAUUCCAAGAGACAAACAUGAUACUAAUUGAUGGGUAUUCUCGUCCAAAAUUUCAUGCUGCUGCUGCAAUGGAAUGGCUGUGCUUCCGCAUGGACAUGUUGUCUUCUAUUACUUUUGCCUUCUCUUUGUUCUUUUUGAUCUCCAUACCAGAGGGAGUUAUUGACCCAGCCAUUGCUGGUUUAGCUGUUACGUAUGGACUCAAUCUAAAUAUGUUGCAAGCUUGGGUAGUAUGGAAUAUUUGCAAUAUGGAGAAUAAAAUUAUAUCUGUUGAGAGACUGCUUCAGUACAGUAGUAUUCUGAGUGAGCCUGCCCUUGUGAUAGAAACUAAUCGCCCGGACCAUUCUUGGCCAUCUCAUGGAGAAGUUAAUAUUCAUGAUCUGCAGGUGCGGUAUGCUCCACACAUGCCACUCGUCUUGCGAGGUAUGACCUGCACAUUUCCGGGAGGGUUGAAAACUGGCAUUGUAGGGAGAACAGGGAGUGGUAAAACAACUCUCAUACAAACACUUUUCCGCAUAGUGGAACCUGCAGCAGGUCAGAUUGUAAUUGAUGGUGUCAAUAUCUCAUCAAUUGGACUGCAUGAUUUGCGGUCAAGACUCAGCAUCAUCCCUCAGGACCCUACUAUGUUUGAAGGGACUAUUCGCAGUAAUUUGGAUCCUCUUGAAGAGUACACAGAUGAACAGAUUUGGGAGGCAUUGGAUAAGUGCCAACUUGGGGAUGGAGUUAGAAAGAAGGAAGGCAGGCUGGAUUCUUCAGUUACGGAGAAUGGAGAGAAUUGGAGCAUGGGCCAGAGGCAGCUGGUGUGUCUCGGGCGUGUGCUGCUGAAGAAAAGUAAGAUCCUAGUGCUUGACGAAGCUACGGCAUCAGUUGAUACAGCUACCGAUAAUCUGAUUCAGACAACCUUAAGGGAGCACUUUUCUGACUGUACGGUCAUAACAAUUGCACACCGGAUAACUUCUGUUCUUGAUAGUGAUAUGGUUCUGCUUCUAAGUCACGGACUUGUUGAGGAAUAUGAUUCUCCCACUAGAUUGUUAGAAAACAAGUCUUCAUCUUUCGCACAGCUUGUAGCAGAGUAUACUGUAAGAUCAAAUUCAAGUAUGGAGCAGCUCAACUGAAUUAGAUGAUGAAGAAAAUCAUGUCUUCCAUUUUUAAUCGAGAAAAAAAUGUGUUACUCAUUGGGGAUGUUUUGUACAAGAGAAGCCUAGUAGUUAUUUUGGCUUCAAUAAACAAUAAUAAUAUAUUUUCUUUUUCUCUUCUUUCA